AUGAUUCCUUUCAGUUCGUUCGUUUUCAAACAUGAUAUUUUCCAGGGGAAAAUGGUACAAAUCUGGCAGAUGGAACCGUACCCAUGUGGUGACCCAAGACUACCUCAUCAUAUGUUUCCACCUAAGAUCAUCACACCGGACGAGUUGUCGAAGAGGACAGGAACACUCUACUGGAAGCUUGACACAUUGGAUCAAGUAGCUCUUUCGAAACGACUCAUGAUCAUGAAAAAAGAGAGGAAUUUCAACAAGGAGGACAUUUUCACACUUGACGCCGAGACCACCGCUAACUUCAGAGAUAAGAUCGACGAGCUGUUUGAAGAGUCAAAUCACCCCGAAGAUCAGGCAAGAAUGAUUAUCGAUGGCUCGGCAUAUUACGAUGUUGAGGAUAAGGUACCUUUUUUUAUUAGAGUUUGUUCCGUCUCUCACGAAUUUAUGAAAAGGAACAAAAAGCGCUAUGAAAAGGAAAGGGGUUGCUGUUCGUUGAAGUGA